GUUAGACCAGUUUACCAAGUUCACAGCAAAGUAGGCUAAGGGAAACAAAUCAGACGCACACACAAACCGUCUGGAUUCGACAGAGAAAGAUGAUUUUCUGUGGUGUUUUAAAUCUUUGACCUGGAUAUGAGUUUUAAAGGUGUGCAUGAUGGAUGUUUCUAAGGAGAGAGACGACGUUGCUGCUCUGUCUGAGCAAAAUGAUGGAGAGACAGGGAAAAAGAGCCAAGUGAACCAGGAGAGACCGGACUCACCUGUAACUGGAGUUUCCUUCAGGAGUGAUCGAUCUAUGAGUGAACCCAUAGCAUUUAAGGAUGGAGACCACCCUGAUCAACAAAUUCAAGUGAACCAGGAGAGACCAGAUUCACCUGUAACUGGAGUUUCCUUCAGGAGUGCUCGGUCUAUGAGUGAACCCAUAGCAUUUAAAGAUGGAGACCACCCUGACCAGCAAAUUUUUGGUCAAACACUUCCCCACACCUCCCGGAAGAGGUCCGAGGUUAUCGGCCAUCAGCAUCCAAAAUAUCUGGAUUCCAUUUUCAGGGGGCUAGAGGAGAACAUUGUUACUUUUGUGAAGCAGGAGCUGAACAGGUACAAGAAACUACUGAAAUCAGAAUCUUCAGAAGAUGCUGGAGAAGAAGAGCAGAGAAGCAGUGACAGAGAUGCAUUUCUGAAAAUCACACUGAACUUCUUGAGGAGAAAGAAACAGGAGCAGCUGGCCAACUCUCUGCAGAGGAAAACUCGUGUUGCAAUUUGUCAACAUAAAUUAAAGUCCAACCUGAAGGGGAAGUUUCAGUGUGUGUUUGAGGGAAUAGCCCCAGCAGGAAACCCAACGCUUCUCAGUCAGAUCUACACAGAGCUCUACAUCACUGAGGGUGAGAGUAAAGAAGUCAGUGAUCAACAUGAGGUCCGACAGAUAGAAGCUGCCUCUGGGAUAAAUGCAAGAUCAGCAACCACAGUCAGAUGUGAAGACUUAUUUAAACCUUUACCUGGAAGGAAUGAGCCAGUCAGGACAGUGUUGACAAAGGGAGUGGCUGGAAUUGGUAAAUCAGUCUUAACACAGAAGUUCGCUCUGGACUGGGCUGAAGACAAAACCAACAACAACAUACAGCUUCUCUUCCCAUUCUCCUUCAGAGAGCUCGGUUUGUUGAAAGAAAAAAAGUUCAACUUGGUGGAACUUGUUCAUCACUUCUUCACUGAAAUCAAAGAGUCAGGAAUCUGCAGUUUAGAAGACUUCCAGGUUGUGUUCAUCUUUGACGGUCUGGAUGAGUGUCGACUUCCUCUGGACUUCCACAACAAUGAGAUCCUGACUGAUGUCACAGAGUCCACCUCAGUGGAUGUGCUGCUGACAAACCUCAUCAGGGGGAAACUGCUUCCCUCUGCUCACCUCUGGAUAACCACAUGACCUGCAGCAGCCAAUCAGAUUCCUCCUGAGUGUGUUGACAAGGUGACAGAGGUCACAGGGUUCAAAGACCCCCAGAAGGAGGAGUACUUCAGGAAGAGAUUCAGAGAUGAGGAGCAGGCCAGCAGGAUCAUCUCCCACAUCGGGACAUCACGAAGCCUCCACACCAUGUGCCACAUCCCAGUCUUCUGCUGGAUCACUGCUACAGUUCUGGAUCACACACUGAAGACCAAAGACAAAUCAGAGCAGCCCAAGACCCUGACUGAGAUGUACAUCCACUUCCUGGUGGUGCAGACCAAACUGAGUAAUGUAAAGUACCACAAAGAAGCUGAAAGAGAUAAAGUCUGGAACAAAAACACCAAGAAGACCAUUCUUGCUUUGGGGAAGCUGGCUUUUAAGCAUCUGUAUAAAAGAAACUUGAUCUUCUAUGAAACAGAUCUGACGGAAUGUGACAUUAACAUAACGUCUGCCUCAGUCUACUCAGGACUGUUCACAGAGAUCUUCAGAGAAGAGAGUGGGAUAACCCAGGCAAAGAUCUUUUCCUUUGUCCAUCAGAGUCUUCAAGAGUUUCUGGCUGCACUCUACGUCUUUGUGAUGAUCAUCAACACUGGUGAAGACAUGAUAAGAGGAAGGCAGCUUGCAUUACCAUUUGAAACUAAGCUGAAAAAACUGUACCAGAGGGCAGUGGACAAUUCUCUACAGAGUCCCAAUGGACACCUGGACUUAUUUGUCCGCUUCCUCCUGGGUCUUUCAUUGGACACUAAUCAGACUCUCCUACGAGGUCUGCUGACAAAGACAGCAAGUAAUCCACAGGUCAAAGAAGUGCUGGUGCAGUAUAUCAAGACAAAGAUCAGGGAAAAUCCCUCUCCAGAGAGAAGCAUUAAUCUCUUUCACUGCCUGAAUGAACUAAAUGAUCAUACUUUAGAGGAGGAGAUCGAACAGAGUCUGAGAUCAGGAAGUUUCUUUGAAAACAAACCGACUCCCUCUCAAUGGUCAGCACUCAGCUUCAUCUUACUGUCAUCACAAAAAGAUAAGGACGUGUUUGACAUGAAGAAAUUCUCAGCUUCAAAUGAAUUACUUCAGUGGCUGCUGCCAGCGGUCAAAGGAUACAAAAAGUGUCUACUCAGUGACUGCAACCUUUCAUGGAGUAGCUGUGAAGUUUUAGUCCCAGUCUUAACCUCCAAGAACUCAAGUCUGAGAGAGCUGGACCUGAGCAACAAUGACCUGCAAAAUGAGGGAGUACAGGUGCUGUCAGUCGGACUCCGCAGUUCAGAGUGUAGACUGGAGAUUCUCAGGUUGUCAGGCUGUCUGAUCAGAGAGGAAGGCUGUAAAUUUCUGGCCUCUGCUCUAAGUUCAAACCCUUCCCAUCUAAGAGAGCUGGACCUGAGCUACAAUCCUCUAGAAGAAUCUGACAUGAUGCAAUUGUCUGCUGGACUGCAGAACCCAAACUGGAAACUGGAAAUUCUCAAUACUGACCAUUGUGGAAAAUGCAGACUGAGACCAUCACUCUUCAAGUACUUCUCUGAACUGGAACUGGACCCAAACACAGCACAAAGAAAUCUCUUACUGUCUGAAAACAACAAAGAAGUGAAGGUGGUGAAAGAGAAGCAGCUGUAUCCUGAUCAUCCAGAGAGAUUUGAUGGAUGGAAGCAGCUGCUGUGCACUGAAGGUCUGACUGGACGAUGUUACUGGGAGGUCCAGUGGAGAGGAAGGGUUUGGAUAGGAGUGACAUACAAGGGCAUCAGGAGGAAGGGAACUAGAGACGACUGCUGUAUUGGAUGGAAUGAUCAGUCCUGGUGUGUCUCCUGCACACCUCAAGGUUUCACUGCCUGGCACAAUAACACACCAUCAGACAUCAAUGCACCCCCACCCACUGACUCCAACCGGAUAGCAGUGUAUCUGGAUUGGAAGGCUGGAACUCUGUCCUUCUACUCUCUCCCCCCCAGAAGCUCCUCCAAUAGACGGAUCCACCUCCACACCUUCCACUCCACAUUCACCCAACCCCUCUACCCUGCUGCUGGUUUUGGACAAAAUCAUGAGGAUGGUACAGAGUCCCCAUUCUUCCAGUCUUCAGUUUCUCUGAUUCUGAUGUAAUGAAGGUUACUUCCUUGGUAAAAAACAAAACAAACUAAGAGUAAGAGCUGUAAUAGAGCUGAACCUUAAAAGAUAAAUCUCUGCCUGUUUGUGGAUGCGCAAAGAACUAUUUACAACACUGAUACAACUGCAGGUGCAGUCAAAUAGCAUUUUAUUUUUCCAGAGUCUCAGAGGACUUAAUGCAACAGCACGGUCACCUCUCAUAACCCAACUAGACCAUCUCAUGCAGGGUGAGAAAAUACAGAAGCUAGUUGUAAAUAAAAAAAGGUCAUGUUAAAUGUUGUGAAUAAAACUUUACAAACAAGUAAAAUGUGCAGGCAACGUUGAAAUCAUAGGAAUAAAUAUAUCUUUUGUUUUUUUGGUUAACCCUGCCUAAUCUGCAGAGCUUUUUGCUCCAUAGUACGGAAGUUUUCAUUAAUGUUCUUUAGCUUCCUGCGGCUCCUUCCCCUUGUCUCUGUAUUUUGGUCCUACCGCUUUCGCAACAGAGUCCACAAAACAACAGGAAGCAGAGUUACAUAUUUAUCUCCAUAUUUGCGCACUAAUUUAAAUCUUACUUCUGACUUCUUGGAGAUUUAAUACUUGCCCAAUUUAUUUCACUUAAAAUUCAGACGUUUUUAUACUGUAUAUCUAUUAUCAUGUCAUCUUGUUCAACUCCUCUAUCCUGCUGUUGGGUUUGGACAAGGACAUGAACGCAAAGUUGUCAAGCUCAAAGUAAAACAGCAUUUUGUAUUGUUAUUGAUGCUAUAUCAAUAAUUUGAAUUGAAUUUUACCUCUCUAGAGCCUCAAAGGACUGCAACAGCAUGAUCAUCUCUCAUAAUCUCUUCAAAGUUUUUCAGGCCAAGGACCCCCAAACUGACUGAGAGAUUAAGUAGGAACCCCCUACUAAUGUAAUUAUUA